AAAAGUUGAUUGCAAUCCGCCAUUAAACAAGAGAAGAGUACUCAGUAGUCUUCUCUGCUCCGAACAACAUUUGUUGGAUUAAUUAAUUGGGAUAAAUCGUUUAUGAUAGCCUCAUGGGUCAAUGAUGCGUUUGCGAUUUUUUUAGCUGUUAAGUGUGUUUAUAAGUGAGUGAGACAUGAACAGAAGCAGCAGCAGCAGUUUCAAACUCUUUAGUUUUGCCCUUAGGAAGUGUUUGUCUCGACACAUUUACAGAGACACAUAUCACCGAUAUUAUUGCUCUGAAUCUUCUACUACCGAUCAAAGCAGACUGAUGCAACUAAAGAGUAAACUGGCAAGAGGUCCCAGUUUUCAGGACUUCAUCAAGAGUUCUGUCAAGAGCCAUAAUGACUGUAAUGAGGAAUAUGAGGAGUACUACAUUACUGAAGACACAACAGCACAUUCACAGAAAGUGUAUUUUGAGACAUACGGCUGUCAAAUGAACGUCAACGACACUGAAACUGCUUGGUCCAUUCUUCAGAAAGCAGGAUAUUCACGGACACAUGAGCUUCCAGAGGCAGAUGUGGUACUGCUUGUCACUUGCUCCAUAAGAGAAAAGGCAGAGCAAACAAUUUGGAAUCGACUUAAACAUCUCACUGCCUUAAAGAAGAGGUGUCAGAAACACAAGUCUUCACUAAAAAUAGGCGUCCUAGGUUGCAUGGCGGAAAGACUGAAGUCUGAAUUACUUGAGCGGGAGAAGUUGGUGGAUGUUCUGGCAGGGCCAGACGCAUACAGAGAUCUGCCUCGGCUACUAUCUCUUGCUCACGGAGGCCAGAGGGCCAGCAAUGUGUUGUUAUCAUUAGAGGAGACUUAUGCUGAUGUCAUGCCUGUCCAUCAGACUCCGGAGGGGCACAGCGCUUUUGUGUCCAUCAUGCGUGGUUGUGAUAACAUGUGUAGUUACUGUAUAGUGCCUUUCACUCGUGGCAGAGAGAGGAGCAGACCCCUGUCUUUCAUCAUGGAGGAGGUCCGCAUGCUUUCAGAUCAGGGGGUGAAGGAGGUCACCCUCCUGGGACAGAAUGUGAACAGCUAUAGGGACCUGUCUGAAGAGCAAUUCAUCUGUUCGGAGGGCAACACUCAGCUUAGCCGAGGAUUCAAGACAGUGUAUCGCAGAAAACAGGGAGGCCUCCGCUUUGCAGACCUUCUGGACAGAGUGUCCCUCAUCAAUCCAGAUAUGAGGAUACGCUUCACCUCACCACAUCCUAAGGACUUCCCUGAUGAGGUGUUACACUUGAUUCAGGAGAGAAGGAACAUCUGCAAACAGAUCCAUCUGCCAGCACAGAGUGGCAGCAGUCAGGUUCUUCAUGCUAUGAGACGUGGUUACACCCGAGAGGCAUACCUUGAGCUUGUGGAAAACAUUCGUAAAAUAAUACCAGGAGUCAGUAUGAGCAGUGAUUUCAUCACAGGCUUCUGUGGAGAGACUGAAGAUGACCAUCAGCAGACCCUAUCUCUCCUCAGGGAGGUGGGCUAUAACAUGGGCUUUCUCUUCGCCUACAGCAUGAGGAAGAAAACCCAUGCAUAUCAUCGGCUGCAAGAUGAUGUUCCUGUGCCAGUGAAACAGCGUCGUCUGGAGGAACUCAUCUCUGUUUUUAGAGAAGAGGCAGCUAAAGUCAACAUGGCUUUUAUCGGCAGUGCACAGCUGGUGUUGGUAGAGGGAGAGAGUAAAAGAUCUUCCGAGGAACUUUGUGGUCGAAAUGAUGGAAAUGUGAAAGUGAUUUUUCCUAAAACAGAUUUGUCUGUUCAGCCGGAGAAACCUCAGAUGGUCCCCAUUAAACCUGGAGAUUAUGUGUUAGUCAAGAUCACAUCAGCUAACUCCCAGAGUCUGAGAGGGCAUGCCUUGAUCCACUCCUCCCUGAAUGACAGAAAAUCAUGGCCAUCUGAGCAUCUUCUGAGCGAACAGACUAUUUAAUGCUGACCCUGAGAUACCAGGUUACCUUUCUCAGUACACUAAUGCAUGCUGUAAUUAAAUUAAUAGUAAAGAAAUAAAUAGUCAUUAUUCAUUUGUAUUGAAGCAAAAUGUAUAUUAAAUGCAGAGUAAAUACAAAGAAAUGUAAAAGAUGUAAUGUCGUGACAAAUAAAGUUUCUCUAAAAUGUU